UCCUCCUUCGUGACUGCAUCAGGAUGUGCAACUUCUCAAGAAGCAUCUCCGUAGCACAGAUCACAGCAGAAUCACUGAAGAGCACAGAGCAGGUAUCACUGCGCCGCAGACAGGAAUCAUGGGGGACUUGCUGGGACAUGAAUGUCGCUCAGAAUCCAGGGAAGCAGCAAAGAAAACCCAAUCACAGCUCCAUUUCAGCAAGGGAGCAAAAGAUCACCCGCUGGAGUUCAGCCUUCAACAUGCUUCCUGGAACCACCCCAAGACCAGCAGACACCACCGCUGCAAAAACUUUUUAUCACCUCCAGAGAAGCUCAUCUCUGGGAUCCUGGGCAUCAUCUGGUUUGCCUUAUUGGUCGCUUUGGUGAUAUCAGCCAGAGUUGCCUCUCCAUAUAUUGAACCAAAGGAACAGAACUACUCCCUCAUGAUCAGAACCCAAAAAUUAAUAAAUCAUAAUCUUUCUUCAGCACAUCCUUGUGGUCAUUGUCCGAUGGAUGGGAUAUCCUUUUCCCACAAUUGUUAUUACGUUGGUGUGGAGAAAAAAUCUUGGAAUGACAGUUUGGAGUCCUGCAUUAGCAAAACCUGUGAUCUGCUUUAUAUAAAUAGUGAAGAGGAGAUGGACUUUCUGAAAUCCCUCUCAGUGGUCUCAUGGAUUGGAGUCUUUCGAAAGAGCAGGAGUCAACCCUGGGUUUGGAAAAAUGACUCAACUUUCAAACCAAAGCUAGCAGACUUCUCCCAUGAUGAACAUAACUGUGCCAUGCUGUCAACUUCUGGUCUCACAGCAGAGAACUGUGCAACUUUACACUCAUAUGUUUGUAAGUGUAAGCCCACCAGCUGAGACACCUGCACGGGGAGUC